GCCGCCGGCUCUUGCUCCGUGUUCUCCUGCCGUUUUGCUGGUCCGCCGAUCACAAUGGAAGAGGAAAUCGCUGCGCUGGUUAUUGAUAAUGGUUCCGGCAUGUGCAAAGCUGGCUUUGCAGGGGAUGACGCCCCCCGAGCCGUGUUCCCCUCCAUCGUCGGGCGCCCCCGACACCAGGGCGUGAUGGUGGGCAUGGGCCAGAAGGACUCAUAUGUGGGCGACGAGGCCCAGAGCAAGCGUGGCAUCCUGACCCUUAAGUACCCCAUUGAGCACGGUAUUGUCACCAACUGGGACGACAUGGAGAAAAUUUGGCACCACACUUUCUAUAACGAACUGCGUGUGGCCCCUGAGGAGCACCCAGUGCUGCUGACGGAGGCCCCACUGAACCCUAAGGCCAACAGAGAAAAGAUGACCCAGAUCAUGUUUGAGACCUUCAACACCCCGGCCAUGUAUGUGGCCAUCCAGGCUGUACUGUCGCUCUACGCCUCUGGGCGAACCACCGGCAUCGUCAUGGACUCUGGAGACGGGGUCACCCACACGGUGCCCAUCUACGAGGGGUACGCCCUCCCCCAUGCCAUCCUGCGUCUGGACCUGGCUGGCCGGGACCUGACUGACUACCUCAUGAAGAUCCUCACGGAGCGUGGUUACAGCUUCACCACCACAGCCGAGCGCGAGAUCGUGCGGGACAUCAAGGAGAAGCUGUGCUAUGUCGCUUUGGACUUCGAGCAGGAGAUGGCCACUGCUGCGUCGUCUUCCUCCUUGGAGAAGAGUUAUGAGCUUCCCGACGGUCAGGUGAUCACUAUUGGCAACGAGCGGUUCCGGUGUCCAGAGGCGCUCUUUCAGCCCUCCUUCCUGGGUAUGGAAUCCUGCGGCAUCCAUGAGACGACCUUCAACUCCAUCAUGAAGUGUGACGUAGACAUCCGCAAGGACCUGUACGCCAACACAGUGUUGUCUGGUGGCACCACCAUGUACCCCGGCAUCGCUGACAGGAUGCAGAAGGAGAUCACCGCCCUGGCACCCAGCACCAUGAAGAUCAAGAUCAUCGCGCCCCCUGAGCGCAAGUACUCUGUGUGGAUCGGUGGCUCUAUCCUGGCCUCUCUGUCCACCUUCCAGCAGAUGUGGAUCAGUAAGCAGGAAUACGACGAGUCUGGGCCCUCCAUCGUCCACCGCAAAUGCUUCUAAACGGACUGCAAGCAGACGUAUAGCGCCUGCUGCACAAGUUGGUUCAGAAGUACAGAUCUGCUCCAGUGAAUGCACACCUCACGCUGGCCUCACGAAACUGGAAUACGCCUUUGAAAAGAAAUUGUCCUUGAAGCUUGUAUCUGGUAUCAGCACUGGAUUGUAGAACUUGUUGCUGAUUUUGACCUUGUAUUCAAGUUUACUGUUUCCUUGAUAUGUUUAAUGCCCUGUACGUGUCUUUGAUUUAAACCCCUGAGACCUGUGGCUCAGUCACCUCUGGCUGAGGUGAGAGAACGUUCUUUUGGAAGAGAAAUCUGUGGCUUGGUGAAUAUGUGUGGCCAUGAGCCUCUUGAUCUGUGCAGGGUAUUAAUGCAGAGCUGACCAUUCCAGGAUCUCCAGGGGCUGGCAAGAUUCUUGACUACUUGUCACUUCUGUCUUGCCAGUCUAGCAGGGUUGGAAAAGUCCAAGCCUUUAGGACCCAGUUUCCUUUCUUACCUGAUGUUUUCCUGUUGGAAUACCAUGGGUGAUUACUUGGCUUGAGUUGGAAGCAGUUUGCAUUUACACCUGUAAAUUUAUUCAUUCUUUUAAUUUAUGUAAGGUUUUUGUACGCAAUUCUCAAUUCUUUAAGAGAUGACAAAUUUUGGUUUUCUACUGUUAAUGUGAAAACAUUAGGCCCCAGCAACACGGUCAUUGUGUAAGAAAAUAAAGUGCUGCAGUAAA